AUGGCUGACAGCAAUGUGUUCCGCGCCACUACGACUGCUCCAGUAAACAUUGCGGUCAUCAAAUACUGGGGAAAACGCGAUGCGACUCUGAACCUACCCACAAAUUCUUCUCUCUCCGUCACCCUCUCUCAAAAAUCCCUCCGCACCGUAACCACCGCAUCAUGCUCGCCCAACUACCCCGCGGCUGAUGGUGAUACCCUCACUUUAAACGGCAAACCCGAAAAUAUUAACGCUUCCAAGCGAACACUCGCCUGCCUCUCAAGCCUGCGUGCGCUGCGCAAGGAACUCGAGUCUGCCGACCCCUCUCUCCCCAAACUUUCCUCAUACCCACUCCGUGUCGUAUCAGAGAACAACUUCCCGACGGCCGCUGGCCUGGCCAGUUCCGCCGCCGGAUUCGCAGCUCUUGUCCGCGCCAUUGCAGACCUCUACGAACUGCCGCAAUCACCCACAGACCUCAGUAAGAUCGCCAGACAAGGUUCAGGCUCUGCCUGCCGUUCCUUGCAAGGGGGAUACGUCGCCUGGCGUGCCGGCACAAAGGAAGAUGGAAGCGACAGCGUCGCCGAAGAAAUCGCUCCUGCAUCCCACUGGCCUGAGAUGAGGGCCCUCAUCUUGGUCGUCAGUGCCGAAAAGAAGGACGUACCCAGUACUACGGGUAUGCAGACCACCGUGCACACCUCACCGCUCUUCGCUACUCGCGCAGAACACAUUGUGCCCAAGAGAAUGAUCGGUAUGGAAGAAGCUAUUACCAAGCGAGACUUUGCUGCGUUUGCGGAUUUGACAAUGCGUGACUCGAACAAUUUCCAUGCUUGUUGUUUGGAUUCUGAGCCGCCGAUUUUCUAUUUGAAUGAUGUGUCCCGCGCGGCGAUUCGGCUGGUGAAUGAUAUUAACCGUGUGGCUGGCAAGGUUGUGGCGGCUUACACGUUCGAUGCCGGUCCAAAUGCGGUUAUUUACUACCUCGAUGAAGUCUCUGAGAUCGUCGGGGGUACCUUCAAGGCUAUCCUUGGAGGAGAGUUGGAGGGCUGGGAGGGUCCUUUCGGUGAUAGACUCAAGAGCAUCUCUGCUGGUGUCGAUCUCAAUAGCUUGGACUCGAAAGCUAUCGAGGUCUUGAAGACUGGAAUCAGCCGUGUUAUCCUUACUGGUGUUGGUGAAGGUCCGGAGAAGAUUGAUACCCACCUCGUCAGUGAGAAGGGUGAUAUUUUGAGCCUUUAA